AUGCCCCUGGAGAUCCACCCCAUCACCGUCAUCGUCAACAACACCAACCCCAGCACCCUCCUCACCCAGAUCUGCGACAUCCUCGCCAGCCACAAGAUCCACGGCAUUGUCUUCGAGGACAACGUUGGCACAGAGGCUGUGGCCCAGAUCCUUGACUUCAUCUCCUCCCAGACCCAGGUCCCCGUCAUCAGCAUCAGUGGGGGGUCUGCUGUGGUCCUGACCCCCAAGGAGCCUGGCUCAGCUUUCCUGCAGUUGGGUGUCUCCAUUGAGCAACAGAUCCAGGUGAUAUUCAAGGUGUUGGAGGAAUACGACUGGGGCUCCUUCGCUGUCAUCACCAGCCUCUACCCAGGCUACAACAUCUUCCUGGACAUCAUCCGCUCCUUCACGGACGCCAGCUACUUCGGCUGGGAGCUGCAGGAGGUGCUCACCUUCGAGAUGAGCCAGGAGCGGAGCAGCUCCAGGACGCAGCGGCUCCUGCGGCAGAUCGAUGCCCAGGUCCUCAUCGUCUACUGCUCACGAGAGGAGGCUGAGUACCUCUUCGCCAUGGCGGAGCAAGCCGGCCUCGUGGGGCCAGGCUACAUCUGGAUCGUGCCCAGCCUGACGGUGGGCAACAUGGAGGUGCCACCCACCUCCUUCCCCGUCGGACUGAUCAGUGUGGUGACAGAGAGCUGGAAGCUGAGCCUGCGGCAGAAGGUGCGGGACGGGGUGGCCAUCAUUGCCAUGGGGGCGGCCAGCUUCUUCCGGGCCCAUGGCUACCCUCCGGGGGGUGGGCGGCUGCCGGGCCCCCGCCGGGGCUCCUGUCACCAACACCAGCUUCUACCGCUCUCAGCCCCACGUCUCUCUGUGGGACCCAUGGCAGCCUGGCUGGAGCCAGAGGAGGAGGAGGAUGAGGAGGAGGAGGAGAACGAGGAGGGCUGCACAGGGCUGGGCUGCACAGCCAGAGGCUUACAGGCGCUGUGUCCCACCAGGCACCUCCUCAAUGUGACGUGGGAGCACAGGGACUUCUCCUUCAAUGAAGGCGGCUACCUGGUCAGGCCCACCAUGGUGGUGAUCUCACUCAACCAGCACCGGCUCUGGGAGAUGGUGGGCAAGUGGGAAAGAGGCAUCAUCCACAUGAAGUACCCGGUAUGGCCCCGGUACGGCUCCUUCCUGCAGCCCGUGGCUGAUAACCGGCACCUGACAGUGGCCACACUGGAGGAGAGACCCUUUGUCAUCGUGGAGAACACGGACCCCAGCACCGGGGUCUGCGUGCGCAACACCGUGCCCUGCCGCAAGCAGACCAACUCCUCUCAGAGCAGUGAUGGCCUCGUGGAUCCCUACACCAAGCUGUGCUGCAAGGGCUUCUGCAUCGACAUCCUGAAGAAGCUGGCCAAGGCGGUGAAGUUCUCGUAUGACCUCUACCUAGUGACCAAUGGCAAACACGGCAAGAUCGUCCGCGGGGUCUGGAACGGCAUGAUUGGUGAGGUGUACUACAAGCGCGCGGACAUGGCCAUCGGCUCCCUCACCAUCAACGAGGAGCGCUCCGAGAUCGUGGACUUCUCUGUGCCCUUCGUGGAGACGGGCAUCAGUGUCAUGGUGGCCAGGAGCAACGGCACCGUCUCCCCCUCCGCCUUCCUGG